CUCCACAGGUUUGCCAAUACUGCCACAGCAACCAUCCCUGACAGCAGCGGCAACCUCGUAGGACAAGGACAUCAGGACAGUUCAAAUUAACACGAAUUCAUCCAAAUAUAAAUCUGUCAGAGGGAAACAAAGCAGAAAUAUGACCGACAGGGAACAGGUUAAUCAGUAUGAAUAUGAGCAGCGGAAUUCACCUACCACGUCAAAUACACAGACUCGAGAUAAGCCCACAUAUGCUGAUGGAUACACACGGAUACCACCAAAUUCUUCAAGACACAGCGAACUGCAGAGGACUGUACAGAAAGAGGAAGAAGCUCUAAGGAAAUGGAAGGAGGAGAACCAUCCCGGCCCCAUUCACCUGGCACCAGUGAGGCUCGGUGGUGCAGUUUCAUUAGAAGAAGUCAGACAGAAACAGCAACAGGAGGCACGCCAGGUCAAACUAAAAAAAAGGCUUCAAAAAGAGGAAAUUGAUAGAAAAAAUAGACAGGCAGAGGAAGAAGAGAACCAGCAGAUGAAGGACAAACAGCGAGAUAAGGCCAAUAAACUGGAGAUGAAGAGAAAACAAGAAGAGCAACGUAGACAGGAUCUGUACCAACAUGAUCAGCAAAUGAAAAACAGGGAGUUUCUUCAAAAAGUGGAGACGUCUAACAGAACUGUUCCUAUGGCAGCAAGCAAUUCCAUCCCAGCAUCAUCCUGGGCUAAAUGUCAGGAGUACAGAGAAUCCAAAAGACAGGAUGAGAAUGCAGCCCUGCUUGAGAAGAAAGAGGAGCAAAGGAGAAAGGCAGAAAUUUUGGAGGAAAAGUUAAAGCAAGAAGAGGAGGACAGGAAGAGGCAGAUUGAUACUGACCAUCGAAGGGUGAACUUGGCCUUCCUAAAUCGAUUGGAGGCAAGUACUUCAGGUAGGAUGUCUGAACCCAUGGCAAACACCCCUGUAAGCAGUAAUAUCUGUGAAGACGAUGAAGAAAUAGAGGAUCCAGCCUCAUCGCCUGUACCCAAUCCGUUACAGGGCUAUACAGAGGAGGAAGGUUGUGUACAGAUGUGGGCCGUAAUGAAACUUCAGUGUAAUUUUCCCUACUAUGAGCGAGAUAUGCUGGAAGACAUCCUCCGACAGUGUAAUGGCGACUACCAGCAAGCAUAUGAGCUGCUUAAUGUGUAAACAAACACAUUGUCAUUGUGUUAUUCUGGAGUUUUGAGUUUGAGCUUUAAAGGAAAAGUUCCUCCAAAAAUUAAAAAUCUGUUCUCAUUUACUCCCUACAUUUAGUUCUACUAGACUCUUAUGACUCUGGUCUACACACAGUGUGAUACUACGUAUAUGUAGUUCGGUUCUCUUGGUUAUUUACUGUGGUCCGGACCAAAAAAAAAACAUUUUAUCCUGGUUUGCUUAGCGUUCACACUGGCAUUUUAACAGUGAACCUAAACAUACCGAAUCUAAGGGACCUAAGGGGUCUUUCAGAUAUUCUUUAAAACAAUAAUAAUGACAAAUCUAAAUUUUGUGCAGACAAGAUACUGUAAAUAUUGUGAAUUAAUUAUUUGCAAUAAUGUAAUAACUUGUCAUGCGCCCCAAAAUGGUGGGGACCCCCCAUAAGACAAGAUUGAAUUUGAGCACUGCUUGAAGUGGACCGAGACCCAUCUUUUCAGUGGUCUGGGUCCGCUUCUUUGGUGGCUCCAGGGCUUGAUGGCAGUGUUCAAAUUUACUUUUAAUAAACCGCACUAACAAAGCAAUCGUACCAAAAGUUCAUUUUAAUCGGACCAAUGCAUGCCAUAUGUGAACACUCCCUUAUAAUGUUUUUCUUAUAGUGUAGCAUUUCAGUCCCAUUUACUUUAACAAAACGGAAAAUGGCAGCCAGGAUAUUCUUCAAAAACUUAUUUUCUUCCAAAGAAAAAAGUAAAUCAAUGUAAUGUGAGUAAUUGUUGACAGGAGUUUCAUUUUUGAUUGAACAAACCCUUACGUAAAACAAUGGUUAAGGCAGUGGGCUUAAAUAUUGUAGUGUCCUUUGAACUGACAGAAACACUGUUUAUUUUAUUUAGUUUAUUCAGUUAUUUUUAUUGUGACACAAAAUGGAUUGACACUCAGCCACAGAGAAAGAAAUCAAAACAAUAAAUCAAGAUUUGAGUCUGCUGUGGGAAAGUUUAUGGCUCCCAUGUGUACAGUUUGCAGGGUAAAUGAUGUGCAUUCACAAAAUUCAAAGGCUAAUUUAUAAUGAGGUAAAUGACUGGCAAAGUUCUGUGUGCAUCCAACAAUAGGGAGGGACACUGAAAAACCAAACCACCAUACAGAUCAUUUGCUUCCAAACUGUAUAGGUUCAUGCUUAAGACUGCUUUUAUUUGUGUGAAAUUUGAGCAGAUCUAAUCAUGAAGUAAUGGAAACGGAGUUCCUGUCAAAGAGUUCGGGUGUAUACAAACUUUAGCUCGAGAUCUGUAGCACGGGAGUUUUCUUGAUCUUCAAAGUUCUUUACCCUGCUCAGUGAGUAAAAUAAUACAGUGUGAGAGAUUUUCCUCUUUGAGAUUUGUAAAACGUAGCCACCUUGUAUUUUUGUUGAACCACGAUCACUUGUGCUCCUACACAGGAAAAGAUUCUUAUGUAAAUGUGUUCACUUCAAUAAACAUUGUCGUUUCCUGUGACAGCU